AACCAAGGGCGCGCAACGGCUCGUCGCGUGGAGAGCAACGCUCGCUGCGACCUGCGACGCCGCCCCGCGCCAACUUCUCUCCCUCCCACCUCCACCACCUCCUCCUCCUCCUCCUCCUCUCCUACAGCGCCACAAUGCCGCGCGCCCGCGUCGUCCACGUCAUGCUCCUCCUCUUCGUCGCGCUCGGCGCGUGCCGUGCCACCCACAACAUCACCGCCAUCCUCGCCGACCACCGCGACCUCGCCGAGUUCGGCCGCCAGCUCACGGCCACGGGCCUCGCGGACGACAUCGACGGGCGCAACACCAUCACGGUGCUCGCCGUCGACGACGCCCACAUGGCGCAGCUCAGGGCGCGCGGGCUCCCGCGCGAGGCGCUGCGCCACGUGCUCUCGCUGCACGUCCUCGUCGACUACUACGACGACGCCAAGCUGCACCGCCUCCCCGGCGGCUCCGCGGUCGUGUCCACGCUGUUCCAGGCGUCGGGCGACGCGCCCGGGAGCGAGGGGAUGGUGAAGAUCGCCGUGCGCCGCGGCGGCCGCGUCGCGUUCGUGCCCCAGGACGUCGACGACGCCCGGGCCAACGUGUUCUACGUCAAGUCCGUGCACGAGGCGCCCUACAACAUCUCCGUGCUGCAGGUCAGCGCCGUGAUCACGUCCCCGGCCGCCGAGGCGCCGUCGUCGGCGACGGAGUCGAAGCCCAACUCUACGGACGCCUCGUCCAAGCACGGGCCGCCGAAUGCUGGUGCACACGCUGCACCGUCGCCGGUGGGGCAAGGUUCGUCGUCCGACGACGGCGCCGACGAGGGGAAGAAAUCCGGCGACGGAGGAGAUGGUGGCAAGAAGAACGGCGCCAGCGUCGGCGCGGCACCGCGUGGGCUACCCUUCGCUCUGGCGUUUCUCAUGGCUGCCAGUGCCAUCCUCGUGGUGAAUUGGUGAUCGUGUGAAACUGUGAAGUUGAUCACCAACGUUGUCUUGUGAAAUUCAUUUUGGGUGAAUUUGCACGUUUCUGUGCCACUUUUGUUGGGGAUUUCGUGAGUUUUUCCACUGUUAGGUACCUUAGGUUCAUGGUGCAUUGGUGCUUGGAAAUGUGUUGAAUUGUGGUUUGCAAGUUAGUAGUACCAUUUUGUGUCGUCAACUUAAUUUGCACGCGAACGUAUGAUCAUUCAUCAGCUGUAUUCUGAGUCCAAAACUCCAAGUCGAAUUAUGUAAUGAUCUGAUCAAACUGAAAUGCAUCUGUUCUUCAGAUAUGCAUA